AUGAUGCCCGAUCCAAUUGAACCCAAGCUGGUUUCUCCAGAGCCAAUUGCCAUAUGUGGGAUGUCUGUACGUCUCCCUGGGGGCGUGCACACACCUCAGCAGCUGUGGGACUUCUUGAUUGCCAAAGGAGAUGCCCGUGGCUGUGUACCAAAGUCCAGAUAUAAUGCCUCCGCAUACUACUCCGAAACGCAAAAGCCGGGUAGUAUCAAUACUGAAUACGGCUAUUUCCUGGACGAAAGCAUUGAUAUUGCUUCGCUAGAUACUUCUUUCUUCACAAUGGGGAAAUUGGAGGUGGAGCGAAUGGACCCGCAGCAACGGCAGAUGCUAGAAGUUGCCAGGGAGUGCAUGGAAGAUGCUGGAGAAACAAAUUGGAAAGGACGACCAAUUGGCUGCUACAUGGGGAGCUUUGGUGAAGAUUGGAUUGAAAUGUGUGCCAAAGAAACUCAGCAGUAUGGCCAACAUCGAGUGAGCGGAUGCGGAGACUUCAUGUUGCCUAACCGAGUCUCAUAUGAGAUGGACCUGACAGGACCGAGCAUGAUCGUGCGUACCGCUUGCUCUGCAAGCCUUGUUGCACUUCACGAAGCAUGUCUGGCAGUCUCCAGGGGUGACUGCGAGGGAGCCAUUGUUGGAGGUGCCAACUUGAUAAUGGCACCAGAAAUGACAACUACCAUGACCGAGCAAGGUGUAAUUUCACCUGAUGGAUCUUGCAAGAGUUUCUCUGCCGAUGCCAAUGGCUACUCGCGAGCAGAGGCAAUCUCUGCUAUCUUCGUCAAGCCUCUGGCUGAUGCCGUCCGGGAUGGAAAUCCUGUUCGAGCAAUUAUCCGUGCUACAGCAACUAACAGUGAUGGAAGGGGUGCUGGAACCGGCACCCAUGUUCCUAAUGAUAUUUCGCAAGAAGCCAUGAUCCGGCGCGCGUAUGAGGUGGCAGGUAUUGCAGAUUACUCCCAAACCGCAUUUGUCGAGUGUCAUGGCACUGGCACACAAGUCGGAGAUCCCAUCGAAACGCGAGCAGUGGGCCGUGUUUUUGGCCCUUCUGGUGGCGUCCUCAUUGGGUCUGUCAAGCCUAACCUUGGUCACUCCGAAGGAGCAUCUGGGAUCACAUCCCUGAUCAAGUCAGUGCUGGCCCUAGAAAAUCGUAUCAUCCCUCCAAACAUCAAGCUCAAGGAGCGGAACCCCAACAUUGGGUGGGAUGAAUAUGGACUCUCGGUCCCAACAGAACCGAUGCCAUGGCCCGAGGCUCGGAGCGAGCGAAUCAGUGUGAAUUCCUUCGGAAUUGGAGGUAGUAACGCUCACGUUAUUCUCGAUUCAGCUCGGAGCUUUGGUAUCUCCCCUGUUGCCGCGCGGUGUACUGUUCUGCCGCAGUUGCUUGUUUAUUCGGCAAACAAUGUUGAGUCACUAAAACAAAUGAUUUCCCACUACACAGACUAUGUCCAGAAGAAUCCAAACAGAGUUGCCGAUCUGGCGUUCACUCUAAGUAAUAGAAGGGAGCAUCUCCCUCACCGGGCAUUUUCCAUGAAAAGUCCAUCGGGCCAGCUCACGACUUCGGGGCCGUCAAAAAUUGGGACGACACCAAAUAUCGUCAUGGUUUUCACUGGGCAGGGCGCCCAGUGGCCACAAAUGGGGGGCUCAAUGAUCCACAACUCCGCCUAUCCCGCAUUUAAAAAGAGCAUUGAAGAUCUUGACUCACAUUUGCAAGCCCUCAAGCAUGCCCCAAAAUGGAGCAUUGAAGAAGAACUGUUAAAGGGCCCAGAUACUAGCAGACUUGGCUUAUCUGAGCUAUCCCUGCCUCUCUGCACGGCAAUUCAAGUGGCUCUGGUCGACACUUUCGCUUCCGUUGGUCUUUACCCUGCCGCUGUUGUGGGGCACUCUAGUGGUGAAGUAGCUGCUGCGUACGCUGCCGGUGCUAUCACGGCCAACGAGGCAAUCAUGAUUUCAUUUUAUCGAGGUCAAGCUACCAAGUCACAAACCAAACCUGGUUCUAUGGCGGCCAUUGGCAUGAGCACCGAGGAUGUCCAGAAAUAUAUGGAGGCUGGUGUCGUCGUUGCUUGCGAAAACUCACCUAAAAGUGUUACCCUCGCCGGUGAUACAACUGCUAUUGCAAAUGCCGUUGCCAGGAUUAAGAAUGCUCACCCUGAUGUCCUGGCUAGGAUAUUGAAAGUUGACAAGGCGUACCACUCUCAUCAUAUGGCUGAGAUAAGCGAUGAGUUUUAUGCUUUAAUUGAACAUGAAGUACUCGCCAAGGCUCCAAAUAAGUUGUUCUUCAGCAGUGUCGAGAACAAACUAUUCACUGAGGCCGAGAAAUUUGGCCCCAAGUACUGGCAGAUGGGCAUGCAAUUUCCAGUGCUCUUCUGCUCGGCUGUUUCGUCUAUACUCGAGCACCAGAUUGCGGAGAAUAUAGUGCUGCUUGAGAUUGGACCACACUCGGCUCUUGAAGGUCCCUUGCGGCAGAUUCAGAGUCAUCUUUCCACUUCUUCUCCUUACAUCUCUGCCUUUGUUCGGAACCAGGACAGUACAGAGUCCUUUCUGACCGCCAUUGGGCAGCUGCAUGUUCUCAAUGCUGUUCCUAGAUUAGAGAAGAUCAUUAGAGAGGGCUCCACUCUCCCAGAUCUUCCGAGGUACCCAUGGGAUCACUCAAAAAGAUUUUGGUAUGAGUCUCGAUUGAGUAGGGAGUGGAGACACCGCGAGCACAGAUAUCACGAUCUUUUGGGCGUCCGGGUACCAGAGAGCCCUGACUCUCACGCUGUUUUCAGAAAUCUCUUUCACUUAAACAAUGCCCCUUGGAUUCGUGAUCACAAAGUCGGCGAUAAAAUUGUCUUCCCCUUCGCCGGCUAUGUUGCGAUGAUUGGCGAGGCUGUGAGACAGCUUACCGGGGUCAAUGAGGCAUUCAAACUACGCAAUAUGAUUGUCAACACUGCCCUUGUCUUGAACGAGGGCCCGGUUGAGAUCAUAACGUCACUACACCGCCAUAGAUUGACUGAUUCUCUUGACAGUGAGUGGUGGGAAUAUACCAUCACUUCUUACAACGGAGCCAGUUGGACUAAGCACUGCUCGGGCGAGGUCAGAUCACAUAGCGAACGCCUUGAACAUGUAAGCACAGAACGUCCUCUUGUGCGCAAGGUUAAAACACGCCGAUGCUAUCAUUCUAUGGCCAUGUCUGGUCUCAAUUUUGGGCCAUCGUUUCAACGCCUCGACCAUGUCAAAUCAGACACUGUUAUGCCGAAAGCAACGUCCGAGCUUAUUGCAAAAGAUACUGAUGGGAAAAACUAUCACCUACACCCCACAGUCAUCGAUGCCUCCCUACAGCUUCUCUUCCUAGCUGCUUCUAGGGGAUAUGCCGAACAAAUAACCAACCUGAUGGUUCCUACCUACAUUCAAGAAAUGUCGAUCUACCGCUGUUAUGAGAAUGUCCAUGUCCAAGCUUCCGCAUCUUACACCUCGAACGGCUCUAUCGUUGGUAGCAGCCAAUGUAUUACUGCAGGGGGCAAGGUUGCUUUACGCAGUUUUGGAAUCAAACUCUCUGUUCUCGAUCGGCAGAACUCUAACAAAGAAGAAAAUGUGACUGCUUGUGCAGAAUGGGCACCCCAUAUUGAUUUCCAAGAUAUCAACAGUCUUAUCAAGCCAGUGAUUGGCCGUAGUGAUUAUAUGCCUGCUUUGGUAGAGCUAUCUCAUCUGUGUAUGAUUCAUACACAGCGUGUCAUUGCGGAGCUAGAUACUUCAAUCACGCACAUGCACAAGUAUCGAUCAUGGAUUGAUCGUUAUCUUAUGUCUAUGGAUUUGCGGAGUCUCCAAGUUCUUGACAACAAUGCCAUUCAGCAGCGAGUGAAGGAACUUGUUCACCAGUUGUCGGAAACCAAUGGCGCCCAUCCUGCUGUUGGCAUUGAGGUGGUUUUCAAUAACAUCCGGCAGAUUUUCACUGGGGAAGCUGAGGCUCUAGGCCUCCUUCUAGCCGACAACGUAUUGGCCAACAUUUACAACGCUAUGGAUCAGUGCGAUAUUUCCGAAUUCAUCAAGAAAUUGAGUCACAGCAAGCCUGAUCUCCAUAUCCUCGAAAUAGGUUCCGGAACGGGUGGAUCUACAGCUAAUAUCCUGAAGCUGUUGACACCUGGGAACAAGACCUUAUACAAGAACUAUGCCUUCACUGAUAUCUCCUCUGGCUUCUUUGUUGCCGCAAGGGAUCGGUUUGUCAAUUACCCGAACGUCGAAUAUGCUACUCUCGACAUCAGCAAAGAUCCCUCCGAGCAGGGUUUCGAUGGUCGCAAAUACGACCUUAUUCUGGCGACCAAUGUCAUUCAUGCCACUGCAUCCUUAAAAAAAAGUUUGAGCAAUGUUCGCAAACUUCUUUCCCCCACCGGCUGGUUCUUGCUCCAUGAAUUGACACCCACAUCCAAAUGGAUCAACUAUAUAUUUGGAACUCUGGUAGGAUGGUGGUACGGCGAUGCUGAUGGUCGAUCGGACGACCCGUACAUAAGCACUGAACGCUGGGAGAAAGAACUCAAGCACGCUGGAUUCCGUACUCCUGAAGCUGCUGUUCUGGAUUCUGACUAUCCACAUCAGUUGAAUGCCAUGAUCGCGGCUAGACCGGAAAUUGAUCUCACACCCAAGAAAAGCGUCACACUAUUGACCCUUUCUGAAUCAAGAUCUGUCGGUCCUCUGCUUGCAGCUCUGGAGAACCGAGGGUACUCCGUUUAUCGUUCUCGCUUUGAUGAAGAGCCCCUCCCCGACGACGGACAAGAUGUGAUCGCCUUGCUCGAUUAUGAAUACCCGUUCUUUGACAGCAUAGAUAACCAACGCUUUGAAUCUUUCAAGAAAUUGGCGGAGAGCCUGAAGGAGCGUGGUAUCCUCUGGGUGACUCGUUUAUCACAAGCUAAAUGUCAGGACCCAAGAUUUGGCCAGAUCCAGGGCAUAGCGAGGACGAUUCGCAAUGAAUUACAUGUCGACUUUGCUACUUGCGAGGUUGACAAUCUUGAUGUCUCCCAGGAAAAGCUCAUCGACGUAUACGAGAAGUUCCAAGUCCGCCAGGAGGACCAGACCCUCAAGCCUGAAUUUGAAUACGCCAUUGUCGAUAAUACGGUCCAAGUUGAGAGGCAGGUCGAAUCGCAGCAGGCAGACAGAAAGAUACACACUGAUACGAAUAUACAGGAUAAUUUGUGUGCCAUGGGCAUUGUCGAAGCCAAGGAUAAUGAAUUUGGCCUCGAAGGCGCCGGCAUAGUUAGCCGCGUCGGUCCGGAAGUUCGAGGUCUAAAGGUCGGUGACUGCGUCAUGGCCGUCGGGAACUGCUUAUUCGGGACGCAAUUAGUACUUUCCGAGAACCUGUGCGAAAAGAUCCCAGAUGGCUUAAGUUUCACUGACGCAGCUAGCAUGCCUUGCGUGUUUAGUACAUCAAUAUACUCCAUCUUUGACAUUGGAGAUCUGAAAAAGGGACAGUCCAUCCUUAUCCACAGUGCAUGCGGUGGAGUUGGUAUUGCGACCAUUCAGCUUGCCAAAAUGGUUGGAGCCGAAAUUUAUGCAACUGUCGGUAACCAGGACAAGGUCAAGUAUCUCAUGGACACGUUUUGUCUCCCUCGGAAUAGGAUAUUUGACUCCCGUAAUACCUCGUUCGUCGAGGAUAUAAUGCGGGAGACAAACGGACAGGGUGUUGAUCUAGCAUUGAACUCUUUGUCUGGUGAAGCACUACAUGCUACAUGGAAGUGCAUUGCACCAUUUGGAAAGAUGGUCGAGAUUGGCAAGAGAGACUUAACUGGUUCUGGAAAACUCGACAUGACUCCUUUCUUAGACAACCGGAGCUACUGCUGUGUUGACUUGGAUCAAAUCUGUUCUAGGAAGCCCGCCCUUGCAAAGAAGCUGCUGAAGGAAAUUGUGACCUUACUCAAGAAUGGUCACAUCUCUCCUAUCCGACCUAUCAAAGUCUUUAGUUCUAAUGACAUACACCAUGCCUUCCACUAUAUGCAACAAGGCACCCAUAUCGGAAAGAUUGUCGUGUCGAUGCGUGCUACCUCAGGCCAGGUCACCACGGUACACAAUAUCCAGCAACGGAAAAAGCCCAUACAACUUGACAGUUCUAGUGCGUACCUGCUUAUAGGUGGCCUCGGAGGUCUGGGUCAGGCGAUAUCUACGUGGAUGGUCCAACAUGGAGCUCGUCACCUCAUAUAUCUCUCCCGGUCUGCGGGUUCAAGCGAAACCCACGUAGACUUUGCCCAAGAGCUUGCCAGUAUGGGAUGUCGCGCCGACUUUGUUCAGGGAACUGUUACCAACCUUGAGGAUGUGAAAAACGCUAUUGCAUUGGCUCAAGGCCGGCUUCGGGGUAUCUUGCAGAUGGCCAUGGUGCUCUGUGAUCGGAGUUUCACAAACAUGACACUGGAAGAAUGGAAUACGGCUGUCGAUCCGAAGGUCAAAGGAACAUUGAAUCUUCAUAAUGCUUCGGUAUCUGCCAAUGCGGAACUUGACUUCUUUGUCCUUUUCAGUUCAGUGUGUGGUGUCUUUGGACAUCCCGGUCAGAGUAACUAUGCCGGUGCCAACACGUUCCUGGAUGCCUUUUCACAAUACAGGUUAGGCUUGGGACUGCCAUGUUGCGCUAUUGAUCUCGGUAUCGUCGAGGGAGUCGGUUAUGUUACCGAGCAGGAAGGAGCUUUACAAAAGUUCAAGACUUCUGCUGCCCUAGGCGGUACGAUAUCGGAGGCUGAGCUUCUAAGCGCGGUAGAGGCGGCAAUGAGAUCUAUGCCAAGUAAGUCGAGGCCAGAAGGAAGCCACUUCGGCGUUGGAAUUCAGCCCAAUGCACCUCUAGCCGAUCAAACAAACCGUUCGAUUUGGAAGAAGGACAUCCGAAUGUCGGUAUUCCAUAACACUGGAGCCGCCGGUACCAUAUUAGACUCUGCUUCUGGCAGUAGUCUGGAGACCUUCAUAACACAGGCCAAGGGGGAUGCCGCGCUCCUCAGCCAGCCUGAUUCUUCUCAAAUUCUCGCUGUGGAAAUUGGGAAAAAGGUAUUCAGCUUUUUGCUGAAGCCGGAAGAAGACCUGGUAACAUCUUGCUCUUUGCCUGAGCUUGGAAUGGACUCUCUCGUGGCAAUUGAGGUGAAACAGUGGUGGAAAACGACAUUCGGCUUCGAUAUCAGUGUCCUCGAAUUGAUGGGAAUGGGCACAUUCGAUACACUCGGGAAGCACGCUGCUCAUGGCAUGCUUAAAUUGUUCCAUGGUAUAGAGGAGCAGGCCGAAUGA